AUGCGCACGCGAGCCAGUGCCAGGCUGGCUGCCGAAGAUGCAGCAGCCGAUGGAAUCUCGCCCAUAACACCCGCAACACCCCCGGGUCAUGAACCGCAGAAUUCACCAGGAGAAAGCACGUGCGAUCGCUCUCCAGGUAUGGAUGAGUCGGCGACCACUCGACAGUUGAAGCAAUCCCUGACAACACCUCCCACUGACACCCAACUGAACCACCUUGUUGCACCCGCCUCUACUAAGUCGGCGACUACUAUGGUUUCGAAGAAAAGGACCGGCCGCGAAAGUACAAAGGAGCCAGUUAGAGGGGGUUGGGACAACCUGCCACAUAAUCUCGGAAGACGCUGGGAGCCCUCCGCCCCUUCAAGCGGCAUCCAACCUGUACCUGCCAUAGAUGCCUCCACUACAUCGUACGGCGAACUUGAUGCCGAGACUGGACUUGCAAAGGCUGUGGCAGCAACAGGAUACCACUUACGACCCAGAAAGACUGUAGCUACCACUGACAAUGAUACUUCGCCGGCAUCCAAUGACAGAACAGAUGCACCUGUGCUUGAUCCAGACACUGGAGAAAACACGACUGGUGGCCCACCUAAGAAACGACCACGACAAUCGAGAAAGGCAAAGGCAAUAGAAGAUGGCGAUGUCGUCCCCGGAAUCGAAACAGAGAAGCCCAGGAAGAAAGCCCGAAAAACCAAGGAUAACCCGUAUGGUCUGACACCGGGCGAGACCCCCUACCCUGACUGGCAGAGUCCCAGUGCGCAGCAAUGCCAGGAAGUCUAUGACAUUCUUGUCGGCAUGCAUGAUGAUGUGAAGCCGCUGCCACCCCAGAAGAUACCCGCACCGUCUCUUGAAGUUGCUGGAUGUGGCGAGGUGCCGUCAAUUCUGGACGGCUUGAUUCGAACUGUCCUAAGCGGCUCCACGACGUUUGACAUGGCGGACAAGAUGCUGCAAGCUCUUGUCAAGAAAUUCGGAGUCUUGGAGGAGGGUGUCGGGAAGGGAAGCGUCAACUGGAACAAUGUUCGACUUGCUGAGUAUGAUGAAGUUUAUCAGCAGCUCAAGCCCGGCGGAUUGGGCGCCAACAAGGCGAAGAACAUCCAGACGAUUCUGCAAAUGGUCUACGACGAGAACAUGGAGCGUCGCGCAGCCUAUCUACGAGAGAAGGAGACCGGCAUCGCCGCAGAUGUGACCGGAGCAUCAGACAAGACUGUUGGCCAAAAGGACCUUGAGAUCCUCAGAGCUAACCAGGAAAUGCUUUCACUCGAUCAUAUGCACAGCAUGGAGACCCACGAAGCCAUGCUGCACUUUGUUCGCUACCCGGGCGUUGGUGUCAAGACAGCAGCGUGCGUUACCUUGUUCUCUUUGCAGAGACCGUGUUUUGCCGUCGAUACACAUGUUUUCCGCAUGUCCCGAUGGCUAGGCUGGGUCCCCCCGAAAACCAACGAGGACAAUACCUUCAGUCACCUCGAGGUGCGAUGCCCCAACCAGCUCAAGUACGGUCUCCACCAACUGUUCAUCCGUCAUGGUAAGACAUGUCAUAGAUGCAACGACAAGAGUUUCAUGGGCACUGAUGCAUGGGACGAGGCUGUCUGCCCAAUGGAGCAUCUUCUCGAUCGUUUUACAAAGCGCACGGUCAAGUUGAAAGAUAUCAAGCCGAAGGAGGAGGUUAAACCUGCCAAGGGUAAAAAGAAGGCCGUUGCAGGAGAUGACCAAGGAAGACAUGGGGAUGAUGAAAGUGACGACAAGGGAGCAAAGGACAUGGACCAAGCCGAGCUAGAGCUCGGCGACGGGGUUCAAGGCUCUCACAAGGACGAUGACGAUCAGGAGUCUGAGCUUUCCGAGCUAUCUGACUUGGAUGAAGGCGGUCUCGACAUUGAAUCUUUCGAGGGUUGA